AUGUUUAAUCUAGGCGUGCAGGUCAUCAACGGCCAAAAGACCUUUAUACCACUAGAGAACAACCCAGAGGUCCACACGCAUCUAUGUAAGAACCUCGGAGUAUCCCCGAGCCUCACCUUCCAUGAUAUCCUCUCCACCACCCCAGAAAUGCUCUCCUGGAUCCCAAGACCCGUAAACGCCCUCAUCCUCCUCUGCGACAAACCCAUCUAUCUCGCCGCGCGGUCUCGCGUCGAACACAGCAUACCCGAAUAUCUCGGCAGCGGAGCCGACGAGCCCGUGCUGUGGAUGAAGCAGACGAUCGGACAUGCGUGUGGGCUGAUGGCAUUGCUGCAUGUGGUUGUCAAUUUGGAGAAUGGGAAAUAUAUCAUGGCUGGAUCAGAACUGGAGAAGAUUGUGAAGCGCGCUGUUGGACUGGGGCCGGUGGAGAGGGCACGACUCUUGUAUGAUUCGAGGUUUCUGGAAGAGGCGCAUAUGGAUGCGGCGUCGGAGGGGUGCUCGAUUGUGCCUUUGCCGCAGGAGGAGUGUGGGUUUCAUUUUAUUGCUUUUGUUAAGAAAGAUGGGAAGGUUUGGGAGUUGAAUGGAGGCAUGAAUGGACCAUUAUUGCGAGGUGAAUUGGAGGGGGACUUGUUGGGAGAGGAAGGGCUAGAUAUGACGGUAAGGGAGUUUUUACAUGCUGCCGACACGGAAGUUCAUAGGGGGAUGAGUAUUAUUGCUGUGAAUAAUACUAUGUGA